AUGAAUGCAGUGGUAAUGGAAGGGAGCAAAAAGGGAUUCUUGGUGUACCGAGUCACAGCUACAGAUUGUGAUUACAACCCAAAGUAUAAAAACCUGACCUACCAGUUAUCAGGUGCUGAUAAAGAAUACUUCUCAAUUGAGAGAGAAGUGUAUGGAGACUUCCAGGUUGGAGUGAUAAAGCUGGAGAAGCAGAUAAGUAUUGACAUUAAGGAGAUGUAUGAGGUCAACAUCAAUGUGACAGAUGGACAAAACAGCAAUCAGGCGUCAUUGACCAUCACAGUGGAGGAUGUAAAUGACCAUGACCCGGAGUUCACAGAACCACUGUAUGACUUUUCCACCCCAGAAACUGACAAUCACACCAGUGGGACCCCCAUCAGAAUUAAAGUAGGUCAAGUCAAUGCAACAGACAAGGACCCAUAUAAAAACGGAGAAAUAUCCUACAGAAUUGUUACCUCUGAUGUGGAGAGCUUCUUCAAUAUUACACAAGAUGGGGAUGUCUUUCUGAUUGGUGAGGUGAAUAGAGACCAGUGUUCCAAUCACAGAUACUCGUUUACUGUGAUUGCUGAGGAUGCUGGUUCUCCCAAACGAACGGGUUUUACGGAAGUUGUGGUAAACAUUACUGACGUAAAUGAUAAUUCUCCUGGGUUUAAGAAUGCAAUUUACAAUGGAUCUAUAAAGGAGAACUCGGUUAAUGGAAGCAGUGUCUCGUUUAAUCCACCUAUUUCUGCUGUGGAUGAUGAUGAGUCAAUAAAUGGGACUGCUGGAAUUCGCUUCUUCAUCAUGAGUUCUGAUCCUGCGGAGUUACCAUUUACCAUUGAUAAUACAACAGGAAGAAUUUGGGUUAAUAAUUCUGGGAUUCUUGACAGGGAAACAAACCCAAACUACACAAUCCAGGUGGUGGCCCGAGAUAGACUAGGAGGAGCUGACUGUCUUUCCAACACCACGAGCGUUACUAUUAGUGUACAGGAUGCCAAUGAUAACCCGCCACGCUUCACUAAUUCUAGUUACAGUUUCAGUAUACUAGAGAAUGUGGAGUAUGGAGAAUUAGUUGGCAGUGUUACAGCAUGGGAUCCUGACCUAGAUUACUCACUUACCUAUUACAUAUCCUCAGGAGGGGACGGACAUUUCUCUAUCACUGACAAAACAGCUGGAAACAUAACUGUCAGCAAAACUUUGGACCGUGAGAAAAAGGCCAAUUACAGCUUAACUGUAAGAGUAAGUGAUGGAAAGCAUGACGCGAGUGUAACUGUUUUGAUUAUCCUUGAGGAUGUAAAUGACAACCUUCCUUUGUUUGAGUCCUCUCUGCUCAUGGACAGUGAAAUUGAAGAAAGAAAUGUCUCUUACCCAAUUCAAAUUUAUACCCUCAAAGCAACAGAUGAUGAUGAAGGAAUAAAUGCAGAAAUAAAGUACUUUUUGAAUUAUUCAGCUUCAGAAAUUCCAGCUUCAAACAUGACCAAACUCUUCACUCUAAAUGAAAAUGGUACAUUGCUUCUAAAAAGAAAGUUGGACAGGGAGGAAAGGGAUAAAUACUCAUUGCCUGUGUUUGCAAUGGAUGGAGGAAACCAGACUACACCUGCCACAAUCGAGGUAUUGGUACAGGACAUUAAUGAUAAUGUCCCGGUCUUCUACAACCAUGACAACACGACCAUCACAAACUAUUCCGUGAGCGUGCUGGAGAUGUCCCCCGUCAACUCCAUCAUUUACCUCCCAGUAUGUCGAGAUAAAGACGCAGGGGAGAAUGGAACUGUAUCAUUUAGUUUAAAAAGUCUGCUUCCUAGUGUUAAUGAUCUGUUGGCCAUAGAUACAAACUCGGGGACUGUGUCUAUAAAAAGCCCAAUAUCAGUGAACAACCUUAUACACAUUACAAAUGGAACCAACCAGACCGUCAACCUUACUUAUGUUAUAACAGCCAAAGAUGGAGGAACCCCCCCUCGUUCUACAGAUUUCACCCUAUAUCUUGUCGUAGAAAACAUCAAUGACAAUGCUCCUGUGUUUGAGAAGGCUCACUACAACUUCUCAAUUUCAGAAAAUGCAACAGCUAAUACUUUUGUGGGUGAUAUAAAAGCUUUUGUUGUCAAUGAGACUUUCUAUCAUCUGACCUACUCCAUGAUAGAACAAGCCGAUGCCUCCUCCAACUUCACUAUCACCUCAGAUGGAAAGGUUUUUACAAAGGGAGUCUUGGACCGUGAGACUAAGAGCCAGGUGACAUUUGCCGCUAGGGUGGUGGAUGGAAGGGUGCCAGAGAGGACAGCCUUUACUGUGGUAGCCAUAACUUUGUUGGAUGUAAAUGAUAACAAUCCAAUGUUUGGGAAACCAGACUACCAGUAUACAGUGACAGAGAAUGAUGUUAACCCACCCCCUCUUAUUGUAUCAGCCACUGACAGGGACCAGGGGGAAAAUGCUCAGCUUACAUACUCACUCAUAGGAGAUACAGAUGGGAGGUUUGUGCUGAAUGAAACAACAGGGACACUUGGAGUGAAUGGUUCAUUGGACAGAGAGAUGGACACUUACCGUUAUUUACAAAUUAUGGCUGUAGAUAAUGGAUACUAUCGGCUUUCUUCUACUGUCAAUGUCACAGUAAGAGUCUGUGAUGUCAAUGAUCAUGCUCCAAAAUUUGAGUCAUCACAACUUACAAGAAACAUAUCAGAAAAUCUUUCAGGCGUACAGACUAUAGCCAUGGUGAGAGCUGAAGAUCCAGAUGCUGGAUUAAAUGGAACCAUUGUUUACGAGUUGGAGAAUGAUCUUGGGCUGUUCCAGAUAGACUCUCUCAAUGGUACGGUGUUUUGUACAAGGCCUUUGGAUUACGAGGAACAGGAAGUGUACAACCUGACAAUCUCGGCUACAGACAUGGGCUCUCCCCCUCGUAGCUCUUGCACAAACCUGGUGGUGCAGGUCACUGAUAUUCCAGACAAUGUGCCGACAUUCAGCAAGGCCUUGUAUGAAGUCAAUGCCAGCAUCUCGGACAAAGUGGGAGAGUCACUACUGAAGCUUAAAGCUGGAGACAAGACCAGUUACAUUAUCACAGAGGGUAACCAAGAGAGGAGAUUUAGUUUGAACAAAGAUACAGGAGAGGUCAAAGUUCAGCGAAGUUUGGCUCAUGGUCAGGCUGAGUACUUGUUAUCAGUGGAGGCCAAGAACACAGACUCCAAUUUAACAGCUACAACAAAGGUCUUGAUAAAUAUUGUGGACUUCAACACAGUGAGUUCAUCAGUUCCACAUUACACAGCCUCACUGAUGGAGAACAAUAAGGAGACUAUUGUAGUGUUUAACCUUACAAGUCAGGACAGAUACGGAGCAGGGCUGGAGUACAGGAUCAUCAGGACUGAUCCACCGGUGGCCAUCGGAUAUUUCUACAUUACUUCUGGCCAGGUGUUUUGUAAUCAGUCUGUAGACAGAGAAACUAUAAGUCACAUCACACUCUAUAUAGAAUCAACAGAGAUACAGUUACCUCAGGGACGAAAGAAGAGAAGUGCUAGAACAGGGGAUAUAAUUUUGGAGGUCAGUAUAGGGGAUGAGAAUGACAACCCUCCUUCCUUUUCUGUGGCUAAUGUAACAGAUUCUCUGGUGUUUGGAGUGCCUUUAGGUGCUAAAGCUGGAGAUCUUGUGGGAGUUAUAAAGGCUUUUGAUCCAGACUCUGUCAGUGCUGGGAAGGUGAGGUAUAACAUUUCCGGGGGAGAUAUGACUAAGUUCUAUGUAUACCCUACCACGGGGCAGAUAGUGGUACGACAGGCACUGUACCAGGACCACCGUAAUGACUAUACACUGAUAGUGACCGCUACAGACGAAGACAGAAAGAAUGACACGGCCAAUGUCACGGUGUUGGUGGUGCCCAGUUCCAGCUCAAUGAUCCUGACUGUACCCUUGGCAAAUGAUCAAAUGAUGUCGCACAAACACAACCUAGCACAGAACUUGAAUGAAUUACUUGGAUAUAAAUGUGAAUUUGAAAAAAUCACCACACACAUUGAAAACAACCGCAUUGAACCAUGCAGAACCGAUAUCACACUUCAUUGCAUUGAUCCAACCAAGAAUUUUGUGGUUCCAAAAUAUCUUGUACAGGGAAUCAUUCAGAACAAAAGUCGAGAAAUAACGGCUGUAUUUUGCAAAGCCCUUGUUGACCCCUCACCAUGCGGAGAAUGUGAUGAUGUCACUGUUCAGAGAAUACCACUCAAGCACUCCUCAAAGACUUCUACGACUGAAAUUGCAUUGAUUGUGAUUGGAGCCCUUAUCCUCAUAGGGGGAUCAGCCUCAAUUGCUCUAAUCCUAGCUUCUCCAAAAAAAGAUGAUGAGGAUAAGAAUGACAAGCAGCAACAGAAUAAUGUUGACAUGUGGGAAUUAGAGAGUAUGGCCGCCUCCAGUCUGAGUAAAGCUACAGGAACAGCAGCUGGAGUCGUCAACCCAAUGUAUACCACACAGGAAGGGGAAAACACCCAGACUUCUCCCACAGCUGAGGCUCAGGUUGAGGAACAGAGCAACACAGAAAAAAAUACCACCCGGAAGAGAGCAACCUCGUAUGAAUCACAAGAAGUAGUUCUGAAUUUUCAGGAAGACAAUAUUGAUGAUGACGGCAACCAUCAAAUUAACCACAGUAAUGCAGACAGCGGAGUUGAGAAUGAGUCUGACUCCAGCCACUCUGGUUCCAUACAGACAGAGAACGAGAUGGAAGCCUCAGGGGGGCCAUCGGGAGAAGGUGCUGAGGGAGGGAUUGAGAUAAAGGAUGAUUCCUUCCAGACAAAAUCACCAGUAAAUGAGAGAAAGAGCAUUUUCAUUGCCAUGGAGACAGGGGACACAACUGAUGAUGAGAUUAGCUAUGAUGGAUCCACUGCUUCUGGAGGUGAACAAAGGAUGAAUGACAUUGAGGAUGAUUUAGUGGAUGGAGGAAUCAGGGCAGAGGAGACAGACAUGGCUGAAGAGUUCAUCAGCAAUAAGGCAUGUGAUGAAACAGGAGAACUAAAUAAACCCUUGUCUGGGGCCAAAUCUGUCACAUUCAAACCAGGUCCCCCAGUGGUGGAAGAGUAUGAGGCACAGGAGGAUGAGGUGACUUGUUUUUAGACAAUGCACCACCAUUAACAGGAAACAGCUGAGUGCAGGAUGUGCCUCUUAUUUAUUAUGAUUGUACAGUGAAAUUUUAGUUUGUGAAUUAAUGUACAUGUAUAUACUCUAAGAUUUAAGGUAUUUAUGCCCCCUUAAUCAUCUGUCUGUCUUUUGUCCACAAAAACUUUCAAACAGUUGGUGCUAAGACUUUCAUAUUCCAUUCAUAUUCCAUAGGGGUAUUUUUUGUGACAAGGUCUUUCUUUGGAUACCAACACUUUUGACCUCAUGACCUUGACCUCAUAAUCUUGAGGUACUUUUGAAAAAUUUUAACCUUGGUGAUGAGUUGCCAUACAGUGGCAUCAGUGUUUCACAAACACAUCUUGUUUUAUUUAAAGGUAUACCUUUAUUUGCCUUACUGUGAACAAACUUGAAUGAUUAUAAAUUGUUUGAUUUCCUUUUGCUCAACACUUAUGUUGUACAAUGUGCUAUCAUAUGUUUGUUGUAAUCAAUAUGUUUCUGUAUGAUUUUUUUUCUUAUUUUGCUUACAUAUAGUGUAUAUAGCAUUUGGAUAUUUUAGGAAUUUAAGUGUAAUUUGAUUUUCUAUACAUGAACUGAAAUACUCAAACAUCUUCAUAUAUAGCUGCAUUACUGUCGGUUUUUUUAGGUGUCAUGUAACAGCUCCAUUUUGUAGGAUGCUCAGAUGUGGUUAAUUCAUAAAAAUUCAUGUGUGUGAAGAAAUUGUUGGAAUAAAGAUAACUGUAAAGUAAACAAAUGAAUCACAUUAACGUACUGAAUUUAAUGGACAAAUUCCAUAAGAUAUUUAUUACUGACAAAACUACUAUAUACCAGAAUUUCUUUGUCAGAUUAAAUUUGUAUGAUAACAUUUUAAUGCCACAAAUCAAAACAGUGAAAUUUUAAUUUUGUUAUAGAAAAUAUUAUGUUGUUUCGGUCCAAAAAAAAUAAUAAUCCAGUUAAGACUUAGCUGAAUUGUUCAGACUUGCCAUUUCUGUGAACCG